UGGGACAUUUUUUUGGGUGUACAAAAAAAAAGAAUUUAUGAGUUUAAAAUUUCAAGAGUAGGAACUGGACACUCUUCCUCUUUUUUCUUGCCCCUCCUAUUAUCCAUUUCCAUUUAUAUAUAAAGAAGCAAAAUAAGAAAAGGAGAGGAAAAUCCCCUCGGCCAUUUAUUCGGCGCAUGUGAUUUGCAUAUUUUCUCUCUCUACUUCUCUCUCUCCUACACAGACGCCGAGCGAUCUGGCCGGAUGCAGAUACAGACAACUGCUGAUACUACUGAUCUGAGUUAUUGGUUGAACUGGAGGUUCUUGUUUUGUGCAAUAUGGGUCUUGACACCAACAGUUGCAGCAGUGAUCAUUCUAUGGAAGUAUGAACGAUCAGUUAAUAUCAUACAGGAAUCUGAUAGUAGGGGGGAUUGCCAGAAAAGUUCUUUGCUUUUGUAUUUUGACAAAGCUUGGAGACCAUGUGUGAAAAGAAUAAACCCAAUUUGUUUGGCGGCUUUCCGAGUUUCUGCACUUGCUUUACUCACACUAGUGAUUGUCUCUGAUUUUGUUGUUCAUGGAGGUGACAUAUUUUUCUAUUAUACUCAGUGGACAUUUGCUUUGACCACCAUUUAUUUCUGGCUUGGAUCAGUUCUUUCCAUCUAUGGCUGUUACCAGUAUAACAAAGCAAACAUCAGUAUCAGCAAAAUACAGAUGGAUAUGGAGCAAGGGUUACUCGAGUCCCUUGUAAGCACAGACUAUACCAACGGCGUCAAGAUAGUGAACAAUGUGGAUUACAAGGGAAUACUUCUAGUUCCUGAAAUUGUUGGGCGAUGUAGCUACCUCUUCCAGAUUCUUUUCCAGAUGGCUGCUGGAGCGGUGAUGCUCACUGACUCCGUUUACUGGUUUGUGAUCUUCCCAUUUCUUACGGUCAAAAACUACGAUUUUAACAUUUUUACCGUCGUCACGCAUUCGCUAAAUGCUGUCCUGCUCCUUGGUGAUGCAGCUCUGAAUUCUUUGUGGUUCCCUUGGUUCCGGAUGUCUUACUUUGUCAUAUUGACCGGUGUUUAUGUCAUCUUCCAGUGGAUUGUUCAUGCCUGUGUAUCACUUUGGUGGCCUUACCCCUUUCUUGACUUAUCAUUAAAAUAUUCUCCUGUGUGGUAUUUGUUGGUGGCUUUACUGCAUAUCCCAUGCUAUGGAAUAUUUGCAUUACUUGUUAGGCUUAAACAGUAUGUGUUACUGCGAUGGUUCCCUCAAUCAUAGCAGUGUCUAAGAAAUUAUCAUCUCAAGCUGGUCCCUUUUGAAGCCAAGGUGUGUCAUGUUCCUCAAAUGGGGUUAUUUGAAAGGGAUGGGUGGAUUUCCUGCAGAGCAUCAGCCAAGUGGGUAUUGAUUCAGUCAAGAAUUAAAUCAGUAGCUAUCUUGUGAAAUACGAAGGAAACAUUACUUUAUCUGCACCUUUUCCAUCCUCAUGCCUUGGAUGAUCAGCAGUAAUAUUUUUGCGACACCAAGUUCAACUAAUUUCAAAAUUGUGUACAGAAUAGAAUAUUUUUCUGUCACAGGCAAAAGCUUACCAACUCUUCAUGUAAGAAUUUUGAUUGGAUUUGUAAACAAAGGAUGAGACUUCAUUUUGUGCUUUUCA